AUGGCUCGUUCUACCCGCACAUCUACCCUCAAGGCUACUGCUGCUGUUCCAAUUGAAGUGGAACCAACGUCGUCAGGCCGCCAGCGUACGCUGUCUGCAAAGCAACAACAAAUAGGUGACCGCAAGCGUCUCGCAGAUAAUCAGAAAGGAUCGCAGGUGUUGCAGGUGUCACACAGAUGUCUAACAGCACUUCGUCAAUUCAAAUCAAAAGAAAUGUGGUUCGCAAAUAUCUAUUUUGUGUAUCGCAAGUGUGUCGCAGAUGCAUCUCAAGUGUACCGCAAGCUGAACGCAAGUGUAUCGCAGGAGGAACGCAGGCAUGCCAUUGAGUCCACACAUAUUUGCCGAAUGUCAAAAAACCCCACCUUCAAGAUGUAUAGCGAGGCGGAGAUCCUUCACAGGGCAUGGGACGUUUGGAUCCCUCGUUUGGUGUGGAAUCAAAUUGGGAUGGGAAGAAGAGAGCGGGGAAUGCCCGCAGAUGCUCAGCUCAAUAACUUCGAUCUGCGCGCAACCGGAUUAUUCUGCACGCAGGUGACCGCAGAUUUCUUUUUCGUCACGGAAAAAGUCCAGAAGCAAGUUGUAGCCCAGGACAAGGCCUAUACCCAGGCGCUUCGAGCUCAUCAAGCCCAAGAAGAAAUCAUGGGCUUUCAAAAGUUACCAGUUCAUGCGCGUGAUUCAUUGUCAGGCGAUGUUGAUGAAGAGAUGGGCCCUGAAUCCGAAGAUGAAGAUCAUCCUGCCUCAGCGGGAAAUGGACUCCAAGUCCACAGCAACGAGGCCAACAAACAGCCACCCAAAUUAAUCAGACGUGUCACUGGUCAGGCUCGGCCUCCUGUGAUGAUUGGGCCUAACGGAUCAGCACCACCACCUCUUACACCUCAACACAAGUGGCUACCACCUUUAUCAUAA